CAUAAAAUUCCUUGCACUGUUAACUUGAUACUCUUGUUUUCAGAUGUCUUGCCGUUAUAUACCUGAAAUCGAUUCAUCAUCUAUAGACAUUUGAUAUUACAAAUAUAAUGAAAUCCUCAAAUUUAAAACCUCCUCCACCAUAUAAUCCAAACUGUAAUGAAAAAGGAGUACUCUGUUAUACAAUUGCAUCAACUAAUGAAUGUCCUGAAUAUAACCAAAGAAUGAUUAAAGAUUUUGUAUCUCAUCAAUCAAUCUCAAGAAAUACAUUAAACUCAUUGAACCCAAAUUCUGUUGGUAAUGAAGUAGAAUAUCUUCCUCAGUCAGAUAAUGUGUUACUAUUACCUUAUGCUUCGACAAUACAUCAAUCUCCUUCGAUCCAUUCAAACAAUGUGGUGUCCAUAACACACCAAGAUUCGUUUUCAAACCCAAAAUCGUUUUGCGCCAAGAAAGAUUAUGAUAAUCAAAAUAUAAAUUUUCAAAACUUCGGGUAUCCAAUCAAUAACUACAUUAAUUAUUGCCAAUUGAGUGCCAAGGUUAACCCUACUUCUAUGUACGAGACGGAGGCUGCCAUUGCUGUUCGAGCAGCCAAGAUGGUAGAUAUGCUGGCUAGGGAAAAUGACUCAUUGCGAAAGACUUUGGAGCAACACGAAAAAAAGAUAUGUCAAAUUCAAAAAUUAGAAAUAGCCCUUGAAAAUACUCAAAGAGGUCACGACAUUCUUAUACAGGCAAACGAGAAAAGAGAAAACUUGGAAAAGAUGGUAAGAAUGAAACUUGAAACGGAAAUAAAAAAAUUGAAGGAACAAAAUCAACAAUUAUUAGAAAACAUACAUAUAUUUGAUAGCCGCAAUCGCUUGCUCUGCACUGCCGCGGAUCGCGAUAAACAAGAACCUAAUCUAGAAAAAAAGUUAUUGAAAGAUAUUGGCAACGAUCAAUCAGCAAAUGUAAAAUAUUAUAAAACUAAUUCUUUGGAAAAUAUUACGAGCGAACUUAACAAAAAAGAUGUCAUAAUCGGCCAAAUGAUUAGUCAAAAUAAGGAAUUGAUAGCUAUUAAUGAGAAAAAAGAAAUGGAAAUUCUUGCGCAAAAAAAGACUUUCGUUGAACAGAUGUCUCAAUUAGAAGUUUUGCAAAAAGCAUUGUUACAAGCUCAGACUAACGUUCUAAGAUUGGAAGAAAUAGUAUCAUCACUCGCUGACCAUUUUCCUCCCUUCAUACGCAAACUCCUUAAAGACCAACUUUCUAUAGCGUUGACAUCCUCUUCUCAUUCCCUCAACGAAAUUUCGGCGCAAAAAUUAGUUCAAGACAAUUUUUCCCAUUUGUCUGCUAGCGAUAGGAAUAUACCUUUGUUUUCUUCAACAUCUAUUGCCUCCGAUUCUCAUCCCGAGCUGUGCUCAUUGUUUAAACAAUCGGUUAAACUCAUUGCCCCUGCCGACCACGAAUCUACACUCAAGAAUAUCCUUAGUCAUACCAAAAAUAUUCCUUAUAUUAAAGAAUCUCCCGCCGCAUUAGUGGCUUCAGCCACCCGGGACAAUAACGAACUCAUAGAGCGAAUUACAAAUUUAAAGUUUAACUUGGCGCAAAAGGAAGCUCUUAUCAUGGAUUUGUUAGACGAAAAUAAAGGUACACAUUCUGAUAUGGAUCAUAAAAUUUAUGACAUAUAUCAAGUCAACAACAAGGCCGAUUGUGAUACUCUAAAAAAUUCUCAGUCCGAUCAUAAUAUGUCGACCAAUAAAAAUAUAAUCGUUUCUUCAGAAGUUAGAUCUCGUCAAAUCAACUAUAAUGAAAAUGUAAAUGUUAUUAAAAAUAGCGAUAAAAUUCAAAAUAAUUUUGAUGCGAAUUCAAAAAAGAAUGUGAUAUCAGAUUCAGAAUCUUUGGAAAAGCUUUGGAAAAUAUAAUUAUUCGAAAUUCAU